UGGGCGGGUGCUGAGUGCAGACAGGCCUCCUGCCAGCUCUCCCCGCCUCCUCCAGCUCCCGCCCGGAGACACAGCCACACACAGGUUCUGCCUGUCUUCCCUGGAGCUCCCGCCGCCCACCGAGAUGCCUCCCCCCGCCCUGGCGUUGGUGAGUGGCCAGGCGCUCCCAGCUUUCCUGCUCUGUGGCACGCUGCUGGUCAUCAAGAUGUACGUGGUGGCUGUCAUCACGGGCCAAGUGAGACUUCGGAAGAAGGCUUUUGCCAACCCCGAGGACGCCCUGAGACACGGAGGCCUCCAGUACUGCCGGAGUGACCAGGACGUGGAUCGCUGCCUCAGAGCCCACCGGAACGACAUGGAGACCAUCUACCCCUUCCUGUUCCUGGGCUUCGUUUACUCCGUCCUGGGGCCUGACCCCUUCAUCGCCCGGAUGCACUUCCUCGUCUUCUUCCUGGGCCGCGUGGUGCACACCGUGGCCUACCUGGGCAAGCUGCGGGCGCCCACCCGCUCCCUGGCCUACACUGUGGCCCAGCUCCCCUGCGCCUCCAUGGCCCUGCAGAUUGUGUGGGAAGCAGCCCGCCACCUGUGACCGGCAGCGGAAUCCUCAGCCACCAGACCACUGGCCACGAGCCGCGGUGACUGUACCUGAGGGACUGGGCGUCCCUUGGAGAUGGCGAUAGGCCCCGGGGACCUGGCUUCUUGGCAACCGGCUGAACAUGGGAUUCUGGGCAUCGUGGGCCUGUGUGUGUUUACAUAAGCGUGUCCACACACGUGUGUGUGUGCCCCUUGGAUUUCUGGGGAAAGUGGCUAAUUGGACCACGUAGAAAUGUCAAGAUUGAUAGAAAAUCCUUCCACUCAAAUACCAGAGCAUUAAAAACCACAUUCCUUCUUCGUCGCUAAGAGUGACAGGAGACUCAGUCCAGGUUCCUAAACUAAACAACCCUCCAGAUGCAGGGCUAUAAUAAAUGCAGAUUUCUUAGACCCA